AUGUCUAAUAAAACUCUUCUUCCCUUGAUUGUUACUGAUAUGGUGUUGAUUCCACACAUUCCUGGUUUCAAGCAAUUUCCUCACCAUCCAGCAUGUUUGCUGAGGUUAAUGAGGUUUAAGCCACCAGUAGAAACUGGUGUACAGACCUUGUCUCAAGCAACUAGUGCUCUUUUGGUGAUAGUAUUUGCUCCUGACCAUACACAGCUUCUACAAAAUGAUUCAAUAGUCUUCAUAACCUUGGCAGGAAGUUUUGUGAAGAAAAUGGACGAUGUGUUUGUGACUUUGAGGUUUAACCACGGAGAUAUUAUUGUAAUUUUUGUGACUCAUCUUGUUGAGGAACCUAUUGUGGUCCCCCCUGCUCUUCCACCUAUUACCCCUGUGGGUGGGGAAUCUUUUACUGCUUUUGAUAACCCUACAUGUGAAGAUAUAAAUGAAAAGGUUGGGGCAGCUGCUACUGCAGCUAGUACUACUUCAGCAGCUGAUGAUGAUGAUGAUUCUGACUUAGAAAGUAAGAGUGAAUCUGAGGAGUCUGACAAUGUAGUGGUAGAGGAAGGUGAAGAAGAAGAAUUUGAUAGUGAUGUCCAUGAGGAGGAUAAGAAUCUAAAGAAAGAUAGAGUAGCUUUUAGGAAGGCACUUACUAGGUAUGCAGUUCAAAAACAUGUAGAGUUGGAUAAAUAUGUCAAUGAACCAACUAGGGUGAGGGUAAAGUGUACUGCUGGUUGUCCAUGGUUAUUGUUUGCCAGUUACGAUUCUAGAACAAAUGAUUUUGUUGUGAAAAAUUAUAAUCCUGUUCACAAGUGCAAUGACACAACAAAGAACAAGUUGGUAAAUUCUUUGUAUAUUUCAGAAAGGUACAAGGAUAGAAUUAUUUUUGAACCUGGCAUUAGAAUUUUUGAGCUUCAAAAUUUGGUAAGAAAGGAAUUGGAGGUGUAUAUUGGUAGGACUUUGUCAAGGAAAGCCAGAAGCAUUGUUUUGCAACAAAUCAUGGGUGACAAUGUAGAGGAGUUCAAAAGAAUUUUGGAUUAUAGGGAUGAGCUUUUAAGGACUAAUCCAGGUAGCACAUGUGUGGUUAGGCUGAGUAAAGAAACUUUUGAAGGUGGAAUCAAAAGGUUUCAGUCCUUUUAUAUAUGUUUUGAUGCCAUGAAGACGGCAUUCAAGGCUGGUUGUAGGAGAGCAAUUGGGUUGGAUGGGUGUAUUUUAAAAGGUGUUAGUAAAGGGCAAUUGCUUGUGGCUGUUUGUAAGGAUGGGAACAACCAGAUGCUACCACUGGCUUGA